GUCAAUAUGUCACACUUCACCAGGCGUGGCCUGCUGUCGCUACCGUCUGGUUUACGCUCCUUGAUACUGGGAAGAAUACAUGCGGCGCCUACCACCUCGCUCCCUCAGCCCCGAUACUUUUCAACCAGCUCUGCAUUUCACUCCGAUCACAGCUCAGUAAACCAGGAUGAAGUUUCCCACUUCAACGCACUGGCUUCAUCAUGGUGGGACCCUCAGGGCUCCAGCAGACUGCUGCACCUCAUGAACCCGCCGCGCCACGACUUCAUCCGCCAAUGCCUCAACAGCCACAUCCGCGAGCCGGGCAAGAAGCUACGCUACCUCGACGUUGGCAGCGGCGGUGGGAUCUUUGCAGAAUCGGCGGCUCGAUUGCCAAAUACGCACUCGGUCACGGCAAUCGACCCGUCGCCCGAGGUCGUCUCCGUCGCAAAAAGACACCAGCGGCAGGACCCAUUGCUCCUCGAACAAGGCCGAUUAAGCUAUCGCAACUGCUCCAUCGAAGAGCUCCCGCUCCCCACCUCUGCCGAGACGGCGGUCGAUGUCCUCACCGUCUUUGAAGUCAUAGAGCACAUUCGACAGCCCGCUCCCUUCCUACAAGCAUGUCUUAAGCACAUCAAGCCGGGCGGUUGGUUGAUCGGUUCCACGAUUGCCCGGACGAAUACGUCGUGGUUCACAACCAAGUUAAUGGCGGAAGACGUGUUGGGAGUGGUGCCACGGGGAACACAUGAUUGGAAUCAAUACAUCCAGCCUCACGAGCUGCGAGCGUGGGCUCGGACCCAGCCCGACGUGGACGCCGAGUUUCAAGGCUGGCAGAUUAUGGGCGUGGUGUAUGUGCCGGGGAUGGGGUGGAAGGAGAUUCCCAGCAGUGAAGACUGGGGGAACUACUUCUUCGGUGUACGCAAGAAACAGGUGGAGGCCAAUUAGAUGUGCGCAAAGACGUAUUACACAUACACACA